UGACGUCACAAGGGGCACGUGGGUUUGUUAUUGCAGGAAGUGAAGAUGGCGGCGCAGUCGUUCCUCUCCGAGUCUGCGCUCGGCUGGUCUAUUUUCACCUUUAUACUCUUGGUCAUCCUGGCUUUCUGUUGGGUCUAUAUCCGGAAAUUCCAAAGUCGUCAGGAGAGUGAAGUUGUUUCAACCAUCACAGCGAUAUGUGCACUUGCCGUCGCUUUGAUAUCGUCUGCACUUCUGCCGGUGGAUAUAUUCCUCGUUUCGUUCAUGAAGUAUCCCGAUGGCACCUAUAAGGAAUGGGCAGCAAACAAUGUGACCCGAGGACAAAUUGAAGACACUGUGCUGUAUGGAUAUUACACACUCUACUCCAUCAUACUAUUUUGUGUCUUCCUAUGGAUUCCCUUUGUGUAUUUCUACUAUGAAGAAAGGGACGACGACAAUGUGAACAAAUGCUCGCAAGUGAAAAACGCUCUGAAGUACACAGUUGGCUUUGCCAUUGUCUGCGUGGUUCUUCUCUUAAUUGGGGCCUUUGUCCCGCUUGAAGCCCCACCUGGACAGAAUUCCACUCAAUGGGAGAAAGUACAAUACCUUUUUGAGGAGCUCGGGAGUAGCCAUGGUCUACCUGCUCUCUCUUUCUCCAUCAGCACCUUGACCUUGAUCGGCAUGUUGGCAGUGAUCACUUACACGGCUUAUGGCAUGUCCGUGCUGCCUUUGAAUCUGAUAAAAGGCACACGGAGUGUGGCAUACGAACGCCUGGAGAACACAGAGGACAUUGAUGAUGUGGAGCAUCAGAUAGAAAAGCUGAAAUCCAAGUGCAUAGAUGGGCGUCCCCUUUCCUCAAGGGACAGACACAACCUGCAGGAGCUGGAGGGCAAACUGCAGGUUCUCCAGCGCAGGGGGAGACACCUGGAAGUCGCAGAGAGGAACUGCUGCACUAAAGUGGGCAGUGCUCUCAGACCUUUCAAGAUAAUCUUGGGCGUUUUCUUUAUUCUGGUUGCACUGCUGUUCACUGUUGCCCUAUUCAUUUCAAAUUUGGAUAAAGCUCUCCACUCAGCUGGCAUCCGCUCUGGCUUCAUAAUCUUUGGCACCAACCUCACCAACCCUCUGAAUGAACUUCUCCUAGCCCUACAGCCCGUUUUCCCACUGGAUUACAUCCUGAUCACAGUUAUCACCAUGUACUUUGUACUCACAUCAAUGGCAGGCAUUCGCAACAUGGGCAUUUGGUUCUUCUGGAUAAGGCUGUACAAAAUAAGACCAAAGAGAACUCGUCCUCAGGCUCUUCUCUUCCUCUGUAUGAUUCUUCUCUUGAUUGUGCUUCACACCAGCUACAUGAUCUACAGCCUUGCCCCACAAUAUGUCAUGUAUGGCAGCCAGAAAUAUCUUGUACAGAGUCCCACGACAGGUCCUGCAUCUGGGAACGCUACUUCUGGCACUACAAGGAUCUGUGAUGCCGACGCGCCCGAGGAUCAGUGCACAGUGACCCGAUCCUAUCUUUUCCUCCACAAGUUCUGGUUCUUUAGUACCAUCUACUACUUUGGGAACUGGGCCUUCAUCGGGGCGUUCCUCGUCGGCCUGGCGGUGUCCUGCUGCAGGGGGAAGAAGUCUGUGAUCGAGGGAGAGGUGGAGGCCGACGACUCCGACUUAAGUGACGAUGAAUAUGUGCACUGAAAAUCAAAACCGUGUGCUUGACUCGAUUGGUAGAUAUGACGGCCGUGACUUAAAGGGACUAGGAAGUACAAUUUCAUAAAACAAACAAAUGACUUGUCAGCAAUCUGACAUGACUUAAUACAUAAAGAGUUAUUGCGGUGGUGUCUCGUGGACUCCAGUCUGGUUCAGAGUUGAGGCGUCACUCCCCCGUAGUGAGACCGCUCACACUGAUUGUUGUGUCUUCUUACCGGUCAAUAUUAUUGAUGACUCUGGGGUUGUGGGAGUGUCCUCCAACUCAAUCGUACCUUGACAAUUCACUCGCGAGCAGCUUGUAGCUGACACAAAUUGGUCAUUCUUCUACUGGAGGAGACACAUUGUUACGACAAGAGGCAUAGGCGGCUUCUUCCACACUUCUUCGUCGAACCGUUAUCUGGAGACGGAGCUUAUGCUGCGUUCACACCGAACGCGAAAUUGCGUCAUUUGCUUCUUCUUUCGUGCGAGCUGAAAUAUUUGAACUCGAGCUAUAUAUGUCCGUGAUGCGAUAUCGUAAAAGCCAGUCAGAGUUGAGAUCCUCCCGAAGUCACCGACGUCCGCUCGGGUUAACACAAUUUGAUCCUGUGGCCAAACUUCGCCCGAAGCCAAGAUAUGCUCUGCGUUUGGUGUGAACGCACCUUACACUAAACUUGUUUUUGUUUUUUCAUUCUUUAAGCACUUUCUAGACGCUUUAAAAGAUCACUUUAUUGUUGGCACACCCUUUUAAAAAGAAAAUAGUUCAAAUGAUUGAGUCUACGUGAACUGCUGUGCUUGUUUGUUUUCUGAAAAGUUGAUUGGUAUGAAAAAUUGCCAGUGUUGACAGCAGAAACAUUUUCAGUGUUUAUUUAAGUUUAUUUUUGCUUGUUCUUAUCUGGGGAUAAAUAUAUUGAUAGUAGAUUUGCUGCUCUUUUUUUUCCCCGCCUGGAUUUAGUUAUUAGUUAUCAUUUUCAUCAUCUUAUUUAAGCAGAUGUUACUGGACUUGCAUAACUGCACUGUGUGACGUGGGAAGGACCAAUUACAGCUGUUGUGUUGUCAAGAUUCCAGUUGUAUUUGGUUUUAAAGCGUUUCGCUCCGUGUUGGAAGAAGAACAUGAGUAAGAAAAAAAGAAAUAGACUCAAUCAAAGAUAUGGCUGUAAUUUCCUUUUAAUUAACGGUACUUCCUCGUUUGUGGCUCAGCGGGUUUAUCAGCAGAAAGCUUGUGACACAAAAUUACUAAAACUAUAUAUAUAUCUAUAUUUUCCAGUGUAUUAAGCAGUUUUUGUCAAAAUGGAUACAAACUUACAGAAAACAUAGAUAUGAAUGGCAUUUUUUUUUUUUAAACCCGUGCCUCAUGAUUGAAUAGCACCACGAUGAGCACACACUAGUGUAUAUGUGACCCCAAGUAAGCCUCACAGAAAUCAGCCUGAAUCUCAGUGAGUUUAUCUUUUUUUUCCCUCUUCUGAGACCCUCGUCCCGGUUCCCUCGGGUUGAGCCGCCGGCUGCAUCACUUGCAGUUUUCACCUGUGACACGGUCGAAACAAUUCCUGUUGUGAAACGUGUGUGAAUUACUGAAUGAAACCUGUAUUUAAGAAAGAACUAAAUAAAACCAUUUUAAACCCCCUUAAAA